UCGAUGACAGCCUCUGCCAAGUUAAUAUUUAUGUAAUUUAAAAAUAAGAAAAAUUCCAAAUUUCUUUUCUAAUUCCAAUUCAGUUAUAAUUGAAUCAAGCAAAAUCAAUAGAAAUGGGUACUGUGCACGCCAAGGCACAACAAGACAUAAACACAGUUGGUGGAGGGCUGUUUGAGUUUGAAGAAUCAAUCGAACUUGACGACAGGAUUCCUAAGCCGCAAAUCAAAUUGAACGGAGUUAGAGCUCGUGUAGACCGAGUGCACAUAGACGGUUUAAACAGAACAAAAGAUGACAUAGUCAAGAGUGCUGUGGACGAAUUGUUUCAUGCUACUGAUUUUGAAGAUGUCAUACUUAGAGCUCACAAGGUCCGUCGUUCGCUCGAUUCAUUGGGUUGUUUUAAAGACAUUGGUGUGCUAAUUGAUGUCUCCAGUGGUCCAGGUUCGACUCCUGAAGGGUUGGAGGUGACGUUCCAAGUGCAAGAGCUAUCUCGUAUAGUGGGCGGUGUGAACACGACGGUCAGUGAGAAUGAAGGAAACCUUGUUCUUGGUAUUAGAUUGCCCAACGUAGCCGGUCGCGGUGAGCGUGUAUCAGCGGAAUACAGUGUUGGACACAGGAGUUCGUCCAACUUCAGUGUGGCGGCUACAAAACCGUUCCCGAGGAGCGGUUUGCAGCCUGUUUUGACAACCACAGUAUAUCAACAGAAUCAUGAAUACCCAUGGUCCGGGUACAGACUGCUAGAUCGAGGAGUUCUACUAGACAUGGCUUUUAAAUCUUCACCUGCUACAAAACAUAAUCUACAAUGGGAAGGUAUGAUUCGCGAUACCUCUGUACUGAGUAAGACCACAAGUUUCAAAGUACGCGAGAGCAGUGGGCCGGUGCUAAAAUCAGUCAUACGCCACAUAGUAUCAGUGGACCACAGGGACGAGAACAUUUUCCCAACUCGAGGUACCUGGGUUCAGUUCUCGAGCGAGCUCGCGGGGCUGGGAGGGGGGGUGGCCAAUAUAAAGACGGAGUUACACGCGGAGGCCAAUAAGGAGAUCGCGCCCGGUUUUGUGGUCCAAUUGACCGGGGCAGGGGGGGUGUUACACGACGUUUUCGGGACGGAAUUGGCUGAUUUAUUCUAUCUCGGGGGCCCCGGGACUUUACGGGGCUUCCAGCAAAGGGGUGCGGGGCCCCAUAGUGAUGGACUCGCUACCGGGGGCACUAUGUACUGGGCCUCUGGUCUCCACCUAUUCACCCCCCUCCCCUUCCAGCCCGGGAAGGGAGGUCUCGGGGAGUUGUUUAGAUCCCAUUUAUUUGUAAAUGCUGGCUGUUUGGCACAUCCUGAGGACCAAGCGAUAGUCGAAGCGCUGAGCGCUGUCCGCGUGUCCAUCGGCGCCGGAGUCGCCCUACGCCUCGGUCGGGCCGCUCGCGUGGAGCUGAACUACUGCGUGCCGGUGCGGGCCCGCGGCGGGGACGCACCGGCGCGCGGCCUGCAGCUCGGUGUGGCCGCGCAGCUGCUGUAGGUAAAGAAAGAAGAAUUUAUCCUGAAUCAACUUGAAGUUAUGUAAAUUAUUUGUGUCUGUAGCCAUAGUAAUGUUAAAUAAAUAUAUUGUUACUAUA